AUGGAGGCUUAUCUUCUGCAGCUGUUCCAAAGGCUGCUGCUGCUGGGGGCAGUCACCCUGGCUGUGUCUGCUCUGGAGACAGCUGACCUGGUGGAGCUGUGCGGGCAGACGUGGCACGGGGACGGGCUGCUGCUGCGAUCGCACUCCGCGUCGCGCAGGUUCUACUUGGUGGCUCCGGACAUCGACUGCUGGCUCUGGGUGCGGGCGGCGGCCCCUAGCGACUGGAUCCGCUUCCAGUUCCGCUUCUUCCUGGUCUACAGCCUGACCCCGGCGUCCCCAGCGCCUCCAGCGCCCAACUCCUCCUCCCCGGCGGACCCGUGCGCCCCCGGCUCCUACCUGCAGUUCUACGAGGGCCCGCUGGGGGCGCCCCGGCCCCUGGGGACCCCUCUCUGUGGCCUGACCAUCCCCGCCCCCGUGGCAUCCUCCGGACCCUUCCUAGGACUGCGCCUGGUCACGAGAGGCCGCCAGCCCCGCGUGGACUUCCUGGGCGAAGUCACCUCUUUCCGGUUGGGAUCUUGUGGUGCCUACUUUCGCUGUCGGAAUGGCAGGUGCAUUCCUCCGAGCCUGGUGUGUGAUCACUGGGGCAUGGACAACUGUGGCGAUGGCAGUGACCAGGGCUCCUGGCCACCAGCUGACUGCAGAGCCCAUAAUCAAGUCAUCAACACGUCCUUCGAAAGUUCCCCAGACCCUGACCCUUCUCACACCUGCUCUGCUGCUAUCUCCCAGUCUGACCUACCAGCUCUGGUUUAG